UAGUGUUGCUUCUACACAUACAUAACAGUACUAUGCUGAUACAACCUAUCUGACUAAAGUGAAAUAAUGCUUCCUUUUCAGCGUUCAGAGCGCAGACUUUAAUCAGCCUGUAUUUCUAAGCCUAGUCCUCGAGUUAGGAGCAAGUAUUUUUCGGUUUGAUCGUUUAUCUUUGUGAGCAACAGAUUUGUUUCUCGUACAACCGGUGUUGCUAAAUGAAUAAUGCUGUACUGGAUGUUUUACAGGGCUGUCACCAUUUUUAUGGAAACUGUUAGAAACACAGAAGUGGAUUGCUGCUUGUGGCAUACCAGCAUGCAGCGCUGAUCUGUAACAAUAACUCAGCUACUUAAAUAUUGGCAAGAACGCCAAUGGCUGUAGUUACCUCAGCAUAGCAUGAAAGUAGCAAAAGGAUAGGAAUUUUGGGAAAACAAGUAAUGUCUGCAUCCUGCUGAGCGUGCUAGUCAAAUCAGGCUUAUAAGAUGCUGAUUACUUUUCUACUUAAAAUUGCAGCAGAGAAAACAAUUGUUUUACUACUUGUAUGCAUAGUAGUUUUUUAAUUACACUUUCAGUUAGUUUAGUUUUAAUAACCUAUUAAAUUGUACUAGCAGAUAGAGUUAAAAGGAACUCCAAGGCAUGUAUUCAGAGGUUUGCGUUCUCGAAACUUGGGGAAAUAAUUUCCCUGUUCUUGAUCUUCUGUGCAGGAACUCUUGCACAUGGGAUAGCAGAUUGAGUUUCCCCAGGAUUAAUAUUAGAAUUAACUAAAAUCCCAGAGAUGCAGAUCAAUCAUUGCUUCGGAAGCUGCGCUUCUGAUUUACUCUGUUCUCUAAUCCACUACCUUCUGUUGUGAGAACGCUGAUCUGAAAGCAGAAUAUGAGCUUGAAAGUGCUGUAGUUUAAAAUUACAGUUAAAAUAGUGAAUGUAUCUCUGUUGCAUACAUAGUAUUCAAAACUAAUAGGCUUUGUUUGUUUUUUACUUUUUCUUUCUUUCUUUUUUUUUCCUACCCACUACAGUAAGAUAAUUCAGCAGAAGCAUUUAAUUAGCUCUUAUAUUUUACUCCAAUGCUGCUGUUGUUUAUGGGGCCAUAGAAAUAAGCUGUUUUAUACAAUUUAUACUAUCUGUGGUAUUAGAUCUGCAGAAUUUAAUGAAAUGCUAAGCUGUCUUGCGAUCAAGAUUCUCAUUUUUUUUUCCCCUACAUCUUAGGAAAUACUUGAGCGGGUGAGUUCAAAUGCAGAGUUGGAUAGUUAAAACAUCUUAUUUGGGAAAUGAUCAGGCUCAAUGACCUGGUAAAGAAAAGUCCUGAGCUUGACAAAUGAAAAAUGUACUUCAGCUUGCUUCAGUAAUUUUAUGUUAAGUGCAUUUCUAAACUCCUUGUGAUAGCACAUAUAACACGUGUGAAUGUAAAUCUGAAGGUCAAGAUUUUACUUAGCCCUUCCUGUUAUUGUUAAUGAGGAAUUUCCAGAGUUGUGUCAUAGUUUCAUGAUUUUUGCUAUUAUAAUUCCACAUCAUGAGAUCAUGUACUGCGCUGGGAGUUAAGGUGUUAAUGCUGAGGAUCUGCAUAGUUCCUGGUAUACCUGUCUCAGAAGAGAAGGAGAAUGACAUAUCCCAGAGGACUGUUUGCUGUUCUGUUUCCAUUUUCCAUUAGAGGUUAAAAAGAAAACUGUAACAGGUCACAAGAUGUUCCCUUUUCCCUUUCUGCUCAACUCUGCAGUGCAUGGUCCCUAGCCGUCUCACCUUCAGCAUUAGAAUAAGGCCUUUGGUUUUGGACACUCUCUCAUUUUAUUUGAAUUAUUAACUUCAAUUCCAAUUACGUUGUACUGUAUCGCCUGCUUCGUAGGGGAGCUGAAUUUGAUGAUCUCUAGAAGUCCCUUCUGGCCUCUACAAUUCUGUGACUCUGUAUUGUGUUAUCUUGCAUUCUGAUACCUUUUAUUUAGUAAAUUAUCUUUCCUCCUCAAAUUGUUGCUGCUGCUUUGUUUUUAGGCCCAUCUCCUUACCCUUUCUCCUUUUCCCCUUUUCCCAAGGUGUGGAUCCAUGGGGUGGGUCCCCCUGGCCUCAUUAGUCAUGGAACUGGGUCAACCAGCACAUAAACCGUCUACAGUGGGUAUAAUAAAUGCUUUCAUGCACUGCAAGUUUGCAGAAAUAAGCUCUGGAGCAAAUAGCAGCGUUAGGCUACAUGCAAACAAACCCACAAACCUGAAAUAUUUGUGCCUCAUAGUGACAACAGAAAUCGAUGUGUCCAUGGUAAAGACAAAACUGGAUCUUUCUCAAAACGCCUAGAUCCUUCCUCUCAAAUGCCACAGUUCCAAAAUACUUCUCUAUCCUAAGCGAACAGCUACGAGGCAUGAAAAUAAUCCCAAAUAUUCAGUUGGUAGAAUGAAAUAUUCAGAUAGAAUGAAAGUAAAAGAAGCAGAUGCAGUCUGUCAGUGUUACUUUACUAGUUUGUAAAAGCAAAAAUUUGACAGGCAUCUCAUUAAAUUACGCUCUCACAAAAUUGGUGAGGAAUAAACAACAAAUUUAAAGUCAUUUGCUUAUAGAAAUAUUAAUUUCAAAUUGGCUUCCAGCACCUGCCUUGCUAAGAAGCAUCUUAUAAAUGUCUCUAGUAUGAGAAGUCAAAUAGGUAUCGAUAUUUACUGCCUUUCUAUCACUGUUUUGUGAUGAUCCCACUAGUGAAGUUCUGAGAGACUUGUCCUUGGAGGACAAGGUUUUCUAAAAUUUGUGAUAGCUUUUUUAACCAACUUUUGCUCCGAAAAGAAAUCUGCAGUAUGGUUAUUCUGCCUUGCAUUAUAAUGAAAGGGUGGAACAGUCAGCAGGAUAUACAUCUGGGAUGAAGAGGUUUGAAUUUUGAACUAGGUCAACUACUGGCUAAAUGCAUGGAAACAGGAUAUUUGAGUCCCCUGUGACUCAGUCUUCUGCCUUUGAAAAGACAAAAUAUUUACACGAUCCAUCAAACUGCUAUUUGAAGCAGAGUUAAACACCUUACAUUCCCAUCUGAACUAAUUGAGGGGCUGAUCUCUUGAGAUGUAGCACCUUUUUCACCAAAUACCACCCUUUAGUUGGAACAUUUCAACGUGCUGAAUGUCAGUGAUGUGCGACAACCAGGGAUCCAAUCCACAGAGCUCACUUGAAGCAGUUCUGUAUUGUAAAAAUAUUAUCUCUUCAAAUGAACUGGAACAUGAAAUAAGAGUGUUGUCCAUUCUCAUUAAUCAUCAUCAUCAUCAUCAUCAUGCAUUAACAGAAAACAGGCCAAUAAGAAAUGGCUGGUCAAUUUUGGUAUUUGAUUCCUAUUAAGAAAUACUUUCUUGUCUAUUGAUGAUGAUCCUAAUUAGUGUUUUAAUAAGGUGUCUGAAGAAGAGCAGACAUCAAAUCUGCCCUUCUUAGGGCUGCUGUGAAAUCACUGAAAGUUGUUUUCGAUGCAGCACAGGAAGAAUAAUGUGUAAACUCUGAAAAACUGCUCACAAAGGUACGUAGGUGUUGUUUUAAUGCAAAUCACAUCAUGCAUGGCACAAAAACAAAUGAUUAUUUUAAAUAUUUGAGUAUGAGUAACCAAAUUGUUCCUGAAACACUAAAUGAGAACUAUUUCCAGAGAUUACAAAUAGUAAAUGCCCCCUCAUAAAAGGGCACUAUGACCCCAAACGGUUCACAGUUGGAUUGAGUCUGAAAGCUAAUGGCAAGGGUCAGCAUUAAGGUGAAUCUAUUUUUUCAUUUGUUGCAAUGUAAAGCUAACAAAUUCUGUGAAUCUGGGGGCAGCGAGAGACACCAUGUUGUCUGACAGAUCAGCAUGUGAAGGAAAUGAAACACAGAAAUGACCACUGCCACAAUCAAAUUUAGGUUUAAAAUGCACCCUGGAAUUAUAUCACAGAAAAGCUUUAAAGACAAAUAAUUCACUGAUUUCUGAAAGGACAAGAAGCUGUGUAUUGCACCGAAUCAAUCAGCUGUGCCCCUCCACUGAAAUACAAGAGACAAAGAGCUAAAAGGGACUAAAAUAAAAAUAAGUUACGAAAAGAAAGAAUGAGAGUAUAUAACUAAGAUCACAGGUCACAGUGUUUAAAGAUAGAGGAAGCAUUAUUCCAGCGGGUACUAGAAGAGAUUCACAGCGAUCCAUUUCUUGUGGAAAAUCAGAGCACUCUUGUAUGCUGAAGAAACCACACGCGACGUCCUUGUUUCCAUAUUACUAGGAAAGUUCUUGUAACUAGCAAACCACUACUUAGAAUCACCAAAUCGUAGAAUCGCUCAGGUUGGAAAAGACCUUAAAGAUCAUCAAGUCCAACCACAACCCAACCGUACUACCCUAACUCUAACAACCCUCCACUAAAUUAUGUCCCUGAGCACCACAUCCAAGUAGUUUUUAAACACAUUCAGGGAUGGUGACUCAACCACCUCCCUGGGGAGCCUAUUGCAGUGCUUAACUGGAAUAGACUUCUUUCAGUAAAGUUUUUCCUGAUAUCAAACCUAAACCUCCACUGGCACAACUUGAGGCUAUUUCCCCUCGUCCUGUCACCUGUCACCAGUGAGGAGACCAGUCCCGCUCUCCUGUAAGCACCUUUCAGGUAUUGGAAGAGAGCAAUAAGGUCUCCCCUCAGCCUCCUCUUCCUCAGACUGAACAGCCCCAGUUCCUUCAGACUCUCCUCACAGGCAUAGCCCUUCACGAGUCUUGUGCUCCAGCACCUCGAUGUCCUUUCUGUACUGAGGUGCCCAAAACUGAACACAGUACUUGAGAUGAGGCAUCACCAGUGCCGAGUGCAAGAACAGGAUUAUUUCCCUAGUCCUGCUCACCACACCAUUCCUAUACAAGCCAGGAUGCCACUGGCCUUCUUGGCCACCUGGGCCAAGUUUUAGUUUUGGGCAGUAGCUCUUACAAGCAUUUAACGCCCAUGUAUCCCCCAAGACAUUCUCAUUCCAAGUGCAGAGUCAGAGGGACUCUUUUCAACUCAUCCUUUGCAUACAACUGAUUGUAACUCAAAGUUUGGUUCCUCCUAUCUUCUGCCCAUCAGACAAUCAGAUAAGUGACAUGAAGCAUUUUCCGGGAGUCCAGUGAAGAGCCCCCUCAAAGAACUAUGAAGUCCUUUCACACCAUUCUUCAGCCAGCUCAAAACUAGAAGUUUGUUGAGGCACUGAUUUGGAAGGGAGGUUCUUUGGAAGAGCAUCACAUCAGAUGCAAAGCGAUCUAUUUGAAUUAGGCACAAUUAUUUAACUUACUAACGAAUCCCACGGCGAGGUGAGGAGAAGCGCAUAACAAACUGUAAUUGAAAGUGCGAUUUAAGACCCUAGUUCAGAUCUAGAGUCCGCAUGUCUAACUGUCAGGACCCCCGGUCGGCGCUAACGAGGCAACGACUCCCAGGUGCCGCGGGGCCGCGGCCAACCGGGCAGAGCUGCGCCUCGUCGGCAGUCCGGGGCGGGGCCCAACGCCUCUUAAGCUCCGCCGGAGGCCACUGGGAACCUCGAAAGCUGCCUGGGUUCAUAGCUGGUGGGAGCCGGAGCGGGCUUUGCUCUUUCGUCCGGUCCUAACGCCGGUGAUGCUGCUUUUAAAGCUGAACGAGGGCUGCAGCGGAACCUCUCGUUAUCCUGAACCGGUGAGACGGUGGAAGCGGUGAGUGUUUAGAAGUCACUAGGUAAGCCGUCUCAUCUUGUGGUUCGUGUAGGGCCGCCGCUCGGCUGCUUCUGUUCGGGUUCGGCACGGCGCUAUCGCGGGGCUCCCACGUGGCCCUUUUAGAAGGGCCGGCGCGGGGUCGCGCCCGAGACCGAGCGCGACUCGGGGCGGCCUCGGCAUCCCGGAAGAUUUUUCCAGAUGCUUCAACCUCUCCCGCUUCCAGUGAUAGGAGCGAGCAGGAUGAGACUACGUAUUCCUAUCCCGCCUCCCCCCCUGCCCCUUAUGUGUAAUUUCAGGAUGUUAUCUCAUUCAACCCAUGGAGAUAUGGUGGGACAGAUUGCAUGACUGGAAUGCUGUUGUGGAUGGCUGAGCCCCUUUACAGAAGAGACAGACAGGUGAGGUGGUGGAGUUGCUCUUCCAGAGAGAGAACUGGAAUGUGUUGAGCUCUGCUCCCCUAAUUCUGCAUUCAUCCUUAAGCAAUGACAUGUGAGGCUCAAGAAGCAGUAAAUGUGGGUAACAUCACUGGGUGUAUUGGUUACAGAUGAGGAAGCUGAUAAGAUCUUCUGCAUGUGGCUCACAGUAACCUCAGAGCUGUGGACAUUAGCUAUCACAGUAGACUUGAACCACUCUGCCAUUUGUUAGUAGAGCAGAGCUGUCAGGUAUACCUCAUUCCAGGAGAUUCCUGCUGGUGUCAAAGAUGAAUUUGCUGACAGAGGAGAUGGAGGAGCCAAUGAGCAGGGAGGCGUUGCUGACUUUUCUUACUCAGUGUGGAGGAAGGGCCAGUUGGGGAUGUGAAGACUGGGUCAGCCUCAAGUGCAGCAGUUGUGAGCUGGUGAAGUUUGGGAUGUCAUGUAGAAGAUGCAAAGCAGUAAGUAGGAUUGAAACCUCAGACUUUGAGGGAGCCAAGUUUGUCCUCUUAAAGGACCACCUUGGAGUUAUUCCUUGGGUUAGAGCAUUGGGAGGGGUCCUGCCAGCAGCUCUUGACUCUGAUGUGUAACUUGUUUGUGCUCAGGAGGGUAAGAAAUAGAGCAGCAGUGUCAGGAGACCUGCAUGGGCAAAGGAGGAGGUCAUAGAUAACUUUCCUUUUUCUCUUCCGGUUUAAGGCCCACUUAGUAUCACUGUAGGGGAGGGAGAUGAAGGUUAACAGAAGUUUUUAAGUUCGCCAACAGCAAAAAGGAGAGCAGGGAAUGUGUGGACCUGCUGUUUUAUGAGGCGGGGGCCCCGGUAAGGGGGGAAUGUGAGAAAGCGAAGGUGCUGAACUACUUAUUUGCUUCGCUGAUGAGACCACUCCUUGGGAAUCCCAAAUUCAGGAGGAAGGAGCCUUGAGGAAGGAUGACUUCCUCUCGAUUGCUUAGGAGCUGGUGAAGGAUCACUUCAGGCAAAAUCAAUGCCUGCAGGUCUCUGGGCUCUAGUGGGAUAUGCCUGCGUGUGCCAAGGGAGUUGGUAGAAGCAAGUGCCAAAGCUCUCUACUGUAUUCCAUAUGCUCUUUCCUCUUGGAAAGGUACUUGAAGACUGGAGUAUACUUUGCCACAGCCUUCAGAAAGGGUGAAAAGAUGGCCUGUGCAACUACAGGCCAGCUGACCUCACCUCCCUCCUCAGCAAGCUGAUGGGACAGCUUGGUCUAGGUGACAUCUCCAAAUGACUUCAUGAGGAAGAAACUUCUAAGGAGUUGCCAUGUUGGAUUUGGUGAGGGGGAAAUGAUGCUGGACCAACCUUCUGUGUUGUUGUGACUAUCUGUUUAGAUAAGAGAAGGGCAGUGGAUGUUGUGGUGGGGAAUGUCACUACUAUCAGUAGAUCUCAGAAGUGCAGGAGUCUAUUUGUUGGGGAUGGGCUUGUUCACACACUGAUGGGAGGUGUGUGGUGGCAGAAUGGGGGCAGUGCUCACGGUCUUGAACAUCAGAAGUAAGAAUGCUUUUGCUGUGAGAGUGAUAGAGCAGGUUGCCUGGAGAGGUGGCAGAGUCCACUUCUCUGGGGAUAUUCAAGCGUUGUCUGGAUGCCUUCUUGGGUGUUGAGUGGGACUGGAUGGUGUUUUGGCAGGGCGAGUGCCACAAUGGAGCAUUUAGCAGUGAGGAUCUGCCUGAGUGUGGAAGUGAUUUCAUCAGUGGUGGCAUGAAAGGUUCAGGGCUGAAGAGGGGAUCCUGCUGGUGAGAGUCUAUGGAGUUCUACAGAGUGAGCAUUCAGGAUAAAUCCUUCAACACCACAGCUUUAGCAGAAGAUGAUGAUAACAAAGAAAAUUAUCCAGACAACACAGCUAUCUUAGAAGAAAGGUGGCCGCCUUUGCAAGAUACUCAGCAGCAGAAGGAGCAGGCUUUGAAGCCUGACAUGGGCAACUUGAAGCUAAGAAAACCUAAGCCUGUCUCAAAGUUAGAAAAUGGAAAAGGCCACGAGGAAAGUCAGGAGCUGGAGAGUUCAUUGCCAGGCCUCCCAGAGCGGCAAGGGAAAGCAGGAUCCUCAGCUAAUGACUGUGCAUGGAAUGUGGAUUUUAGAUGCCAGGAAGCUGUUGUGAGAUUUCAGCCAAGAAUUGAUCAAAACACAUGUGUUUCACAAAAUGAAGCAACCGAGCAACUAUGCAGCUCAAGUGAGAAUUCUUUGUUGAAGCUACAAGCCCUCGAAACGGAUCUGUGCUCUGCGUUUCUGCCAACCCAGGAGGAAACUCCCCAGCUGCCAGCACCCAAGGAUCCAGCCCCUUCAUCAGUCCAAACCAGUGUGCAAGCUGAUGGGGCCAGUAGUGGAGACCACUAUCACUUCAUUUCUCCUAUUAUUGAUUUUAGUUUAAUGCAUCAGCAGAGAGAUAGUGAAGAGCCUUUACCAGCCCACAGAGACUGGCAGAAUGACACGGACAGCAGCCCACAAGAACAUCGCUCCCUAGGAGCCAGUCGAUUGCUGUAUCACAUCACUGAUGGAGACAAUCCUCUUUUGUCACCACGCUGCUCUAUCUUUAGCCAAAGCCAGAGAUUUAAUUUAGACCCAGAAUCUGCCCCUUCUCCACCAAGUGCUCAACCUUUCAUGAUACCAAGAAGUUCUUCUAGAUGUAACUGCGAAGAGUGCAAAGAACCCCAAACAGUAGCACAACUUACCAAGCAUCUUCAGAGUCUCAAGAGAAAAAUUAGGAAGUAUGAAGAAAAGUUUGAGCAAGAAAAAAAAUACCUGCCUUCACAUGGUGACAAGACUUCCAAUCCUGAAGUUCUAAAAUGGAUGAACGAUUUGGCCAAAGGUCGUAAGCAGCUCAAAGAGCUGAAACUCAGAAUGUCAGAAGAGCAAAACUGUACCUUUAGAGCAGGCCAAAGAAAGAACAGUAGUGAAAGUACUGGGACCCCCAUAGAGACUAGGACACAGGAGGCCACAAGCAUGGAACCAGCUCCUUCAGCAGAAGAAACCAUGGACAGUGUAUUGAGACAAUUAAAGGAGAAAAGACAACACCUCAACAUUCCUGAGACUAUUAAGGUAACUAAACAAGAAAAGAGUCUUAUGAAACCUCUUUAUGACAGAUACAGAAUUAUCAAGAAACUUCUUGCAACUCCAUCACUGAUCACAACAAUUCAGGAAGAAGAAGACUCAGAUGAAGACCAUUCUCAAAGCAGCCAUGAGUUAUCAUCUGGUCCAAUAUCUUGCCUCCCUAUUGAUGAGCACCUGUGUUACUCUCAGGAGGAGAGUGAGCCUGCAUAUGUCUCACCUCCAAAUGAAAAGAAAACUUUAAGACAAACAGCCUUAUCUAUGUCCAAUUUACAUGAGGCAACCAUGCCUGUUCUGCUUGAACAUCUCCGAGAAACAAGAGCAGACAAGAAAAGGCUUCGCAAAGCUUUAAGAGAGUUUGAAGAACAAUUCUAUAAGCAGACAGGAAGGAGUCCUCUAAAGGAAGAUCGUGUACCUAUGGCAGAGGAAUACUCAGAAUACAAGCACACAAAAGCUAAAAUCAGGCUCAUAGAAGUUCUCAUCAGUAAGCAUGAUGUUUCCAAAACAAUUUGAAAUCAGUACAAUGCAGUGGUAUCAUUCUCUAGCAAAUCAAACAAACAAUAAUGGAAAAACAAAGUGGUAGUUUUAGAGGUCUUGGUCAGCUGCACAAUUAUUUGACAUGCUGAGAUCUUUUGAUGCACUUUACCAAUUCUAAAAGCGGGGAUGAGGGAGGACAGCAAUAUAUGAGAAUAUUAAGAAUGGGUGAGUGAACUAUAUAUAGAAUAUAUAUAUAUUUUUUCACUUUAAAGCCUUGAAGUGCACUGUGAGAAUGUUAGAAAUUAAAAGGACACUGAAGUAUUGUUGACUCUGUUUGACUUGUUCCUAGGUUUAAAAAGUGUGACGAAAUGUCUCCAGGUUAUUAGUACAUCUUAGAAUACACUAAUGUACCACAUGCUUUUAUUUUUUUUUUAAACAGAAUUAACAUGCAGUAUAAAUAAAACUAUAACUAUUGGUUCUCAGCGUGCUGAUUGGUUCACUAGAUUAAAAGAAACACAAGCAAGUAAGUUUAAAACAAUAAAUUCUGUCUUUCAAGACGGAGUUGCCACUUAAUUCCAGUACAUUCAAGGGAAAAAAAUUGACAGGAUUUAGAGGAAGGAGGCAUGACUGCCAAAUGGAAUUACUGUAUUUCAGAAAUAAGAGAAAGACUUGGCAAAACAAAACAUUUGAAGUUUACCAGGAAGAGAUUUAGCAAACGUACUGGAUGCUGUCUUUUUCAUUAUGGUUCACAGGACUUGGCUUAUGGUACGUAAAAUUGGGUAAAUAGACCAACUAUAUGCUAAUUUUUAUUUCCAUACUGAAUUUCUGCACUUUAUUUUGCCUGAUGCUAUGAUGUUUGCUUUUCUGAUUACCAAAGCUUGUUUAGAAGCAUGCACUUUGUACAAUGACAAGUUAUUUAUUUCCUGUGUCAUACAAAUUGCCACAUAUAUAUAAAGACUAGAGUAUUGCAUUAUGCUAAGAUAUUUUGGAUAGAUAAAGUAAAAUACCUGGCAUAUAACUGAGUGUCACAGUUAUCUGAUGAGGAACACUAGACCUCUUGUUUACUAUAAAAAAGAUUAUAAAGAAGAUAUUUUUCCAUUCAAAUGAUACAUCUUUCUUAACUUUCAGAGCACCAGACUUUGUAAUAUUAAGGAAAUUUUCCCUCUAUUUGUGAUAAGUCAUUGGUGUGAAUUGUUAACAGAAGGAUUAUCAGCGUUUUUGUACUAGAAAUGAAAAGCAGGGAUUCUGGGAAAUAUUUAGCCCAGGCAUAAGGAAAGGAAGAAUGAGAGAAGAAAAACAGGGAUGUGCGUAAGUUGAAACGUGUUUUGUGUUUUGGUUUAACUGUCAUUUUGUAUUGGCCAUAUAUUAUAAGGAAACCUGUUUUAUACCUAUCUUGGUAAGAAAUUUUUCAUUUUAUAAAGCCUAUUAUGUGCCAACCACGUUCGUAUUUAUAUUGUAUGUGAUGAUGGGGCAUGUUUUUGAAGACAUACGCAUUUUCAAGUAGCUU